UAUAUAUACUAAUAUGAGCAUUCGGUAAUAAAUACAUCUGCAGAUCUCCUGACUUUUUGCUGUGCAGCACCUGGACCCCUGUGAAACGACUGGGCAAAGAGAGAAUUAUCUCUUGUUGCCAGGAACAGAUUCAGGUCACAGUUCUGGUAGGUUAGAAGUGGGUGGGGUCAAGGUAAAGUAAUUCUCACGUGUCAUUGCUUAAGCCACAGAGCUAUCAGCUCCCUGUGGACUACAACAUUCUCAACACACUUCACUGCAUAUCGUGGACUGGAACCAAACAAGCAGCAUGGCGUUGAUGAAGUCUGGGUGGCUCUGGAGGCAAAGCUCCAUCCUCAAACGCUGGAAGAUGAACUGGUGUGAUCUGUGGAUCGAUGGCAGUUUGAUGUUUUACAAAACGGAGAGCCGGCGGAACCACGAGAGCCGCAUCCGCCUGAAAAUCCAGUCCGUGGAUGUAAAAGCAGGACUGGAAUGUAUGGGUGUCAUUCCCCCAGAGGGACAUCCAAAGGAGAAUUUGGUGGUGGUGGUUCUGAGAGACAGAUCCUCCAUUGUGAUGUGUGCCAGCAGUGAGGAUGAAUCACUGGCAUGGAAGCUGACAAUGAUGGAGGCCAAAAGAAAUACAGUAUACAUGUACAACCCCUAUGAUGAUGGAUACCAGUAUGUCUCAGUGGACAGUCACAACGCCGUCUACAUAAAUCCUGAUUAUGCCAACGGAGGCAUUCACCACAUACUGGUCCAUCAGCAGCGCAGAGAUGGGAUAGGGGAACAGGUGGCACUGGGGCUCCUGGCUGGGAUGGCCACAGGGGCGGCAAUGCGGUCUUUCUUGUGCAUGCCCUUCUGGUUUUGCUGAAGGACUUAGGGGAGGUUGAACCACUGCUGUCAGUCUCACUGUACUGGAAAAUGUUGAUGUAUGAGAAACAGCAGGGACUAGGGGUCUCAGUGUGACCCGUGGUGAUACAUUACAGUCCUUUACAAAGACAAUCUGCUCUUGCAAGGGACAUUUAUGACCCUCAUUUACCUGUAAGGCAUUUCAGGAUGAUCUUGCCCUGUUAUGGUGUCAGUCUUAAAUCAUCUUUGUGAAUCUAGAAUUAUUAUUUUCUUAACUAAAAACAUCUGCACUUCCAGUAUACAGUUUUUGAUGUUUUAUAACUGUCUGUGAAAUCUAUGCACUAAACCAAAACUGAUACAGGUUGUACCUGUCAGCAUGUAUUCUAGUUCAGCCAUAGUGUAAUUUAAUAGAAUCCCUCAUUAAAUGAACCCUAUUAAAGUACAUAAUAUUACUGAAGAGGCUCUUGUGCAACACCCACUAAAUAAAAUGUGAUUCAUGCGGUCUUUUGCCUGAGAUUCACAGUGAUCCAGUGAUUUGAUCAUAAAGAAGCAGACUUUUGUGGGUUGGCCUUAGCACCAUCAAAGAUAGAUGUUUGGAUGCAGAUACCAGCUGAUCACUAAGCACAUCUGCUCCAUUGAUUGUAACCUGGGCCGGUAUGCAUAAAACUUCCUAAGAAUGAUCGUACACUUGGACUUAAGAGUUAAAAAAAUCUUAGCAAAAAACAGGACC